AAAAAGAGUAUGCAUUAAAAAGCUUGGACAACAACCUAGGUUUAGAUGAAAAAGAAUUCAAUCAAUUACAACGUGAAGAACUUGAGAAAUUAUCUAUUGAACCAGUUAUUGAGUUCAUUACAAAUGAUACGAAUCAAACAAUUACACAAACUGAAUUAUAUCCCAAUGAAGACGAUGAUUUAGAUGAAUAUAAUUAUUGCAUUGAAUAUCAUAAUGAUCUCGUAUCAAUUUCUGAUCAGCAUAGAAUAAUUAAGCCUGUUGAAUUAGUAAAUGGAAAUUUGGUAAUAGAAUGUCCUGUACAUUCAAGUCUAUUAAUAAAUAGCCCUCAUGAAAAUUCAGAAGAAUUUAUACAUAUGAGAUAUACUGCUUGUACAAGCAAGCCAGACACUUUCAAUCAAGAAAAUUUUACUCUCCGUCAGGCUGUAUAUGAACCAAUGAGACAGACCGAAUUAUUUAUCCUAAUAGCUAUAAAUGAUGAGGACGAAAUUAUGUUAUCCAAUACUCUUCACAAAAUUGUAGAAAAUAUUGCUUACCUUUGUUCUCUUUCAGAGUCCCAAACAUGGGGAGAAGACGGAUGGAAAAAAAUCAUUGUAUGCAUAAUUUCAGAUCGUAAUAAGAUUAAUAAACGUACUUUAUCUUAUUUAAAGACACUUGGCGUUUAUCAGGAUGGCAUUGCAAGAUCAAAAGUGAAUAAUAAAACAGUUAGAGCUCAUAUAUAUGAAUAUACAACUCAGAUUUCAAUUAAAUGCUCUAAGGAUUCUGUGGAUAAAAAAACAACCAUUUCAACUCAGAUACUUUUUUGUCUUAAAGAAAAGAACAAAGGAAAAACCGAUUACUUUAUUGGUGACAUUGUUUAUAUGGGUAAUAUGUAUAAUUUGCAUGAUCCAUCUCAGACUAUUUGGCAGCAAAAAGAGACAAAUAGAAAACAAAAUAAUCGUGAAUUGUCACUUAUCAUUAAUCUAUUGCAGCUAUGA